UAUAAAAUGACAAUAAAUAUUGAUAUCAAAUUAAAGCGAGCUAGUAAAAUAUAUCAUGACGGGGAAUUAGUUGCUGGUUUUAUAGUGUUACAAACUAAUUCUGAUGUUAAACAUGAUGGAAUAUUUCUAAGCAUGGAAGGUUCGGUUAAUUUACAGCUCAGUUCAAAGAAUUUUGGAAUAUUUGAAGCAUUUUAUAAUUCCGUAAAGCCAAUACAGUUAGUUCAAUAUACUUUAGAUGUUGCCCCAAGUGGCAAACUACCAAGUGGUAAGACAGAAAUACCAUUUGAGUUGCCAUUAAAACCCAGAGGAACUAAGUCUUUGUAUGAAACUUAUCAUGGAAUUUUUGUAAAUAUUCAGUACUGUAUACGUUGUGAUAUAAAAAGAAGUUUCUUAGCAAAAGAUGUGAACAAAUCAUUGGAAUUUAUAGUGGAAGAUAAAGUGCCUCCUAGGACAGAAAAAAAUGCUAGCAAACCAGUGUAUUUUAAAAUUAUGCCAGAAUCAUUGCAAAAUGCAAGAGAUAAAACCAAUGUACCUAGAUUUUGCAUUUCUGGAAGACUAGAUUCAUUACAUUGCAAAAUUUUUGAACCCUUAACAGGAGAGGUUGUCAUUCAAUAUUGUGAAGCUGUGAUAAAGUCAAUAGAACUGCAAUUGGUGAGGGUAGAGACAUGUGGUUGUGCUGAAGGAUAUUCAAGAGAUGCUACAGAAAUACAAAAUAUACAAAUUGGAGAAGGAAAUGUUUGUACAAAUUUAUCUUUACCAAUAUAUAUGAUAUUUCCAAGGUUAUUUACAUGUCCUACAUUGAGCACAAGUAAUUUUAAAGUCGAAUUUGAGGUGAAUUUAAUUGUAAUAUUUGAAGAUGAUUACUCAGUCACAGAAAAUUUUCCCAUUAUAUUAUCAAGAUAUUAA